CAGUGUUCCUCCCCUUCGUGAUUCACGUACACGUUUACGUCUCAUUUUCGGCAUAGUUUCGUAGAGUGUGGGAGGCGUUGCGUGCCUCUUUGUGCGUAGCUCAAGCAAAAGUAGUGAGGGGAAUGUCGGCUUGUGAAUGAUCGGUGUUUGAGGCGGCAGGGAGCGUCAACGUUAUGGCUCAACAGAAGAACCUGGAAGGAUAUGUCGGCUUUGCAAGCCUCCCCAACCAAGUGUACAGGAAGUCUGUCAAGAGGGGCUUUGAGUUCACCCUGAUGGUCGUGGGUGAAUCUGGACUGGGCAAGUCCACGCUGAUCAACUCGCUGUUCCUAACAGACCUGUAUUCAGCAGAGUAUCCUGGACCGUCACACAGAAUCAAAAAGACUGUGCAGGUGGAGCAGUCCAAAGUUUUAAUAAAGGAAGGCGGCGUCCAGCUGCUGCUCACAAUAGUUGACACCCCAGGGUUUGGAGAUGCUGUCGACAACAGCAACUGCUGGCAGCCAAUCAUUGACCACAUAGACAGCAAGUUUGAAGACUACCUGAACUCAGAAUCGCGGGUGAAUAGACGACAGAUGCCCGACAGCCGAAUCCACUGCUGCCUGUACUUCAUUGCCCCUUCAGGACAUGGACUGAAGCCCCUGGACAUUGAGUUCAUGAAACGGUUGCAUGAGAAAGUCAAUGUCAUCCCCCUGAUCGCCAAAGCAGACACUCUCACCCCCGAGGAAUGCCAACAGUUCAAGAAGCAGAUCAUGCGGGAAAUCCAAGAGCACAAAAUAAAGAUUUACGAGUUUCCUGAGACAGAUGAUGAAGAAGAGAACAGACUGGUGAAGAAGAUAAAGGACAAGUUGCCGCUGGCUGUAGUAGGAAGCAACACCAUCAUUGAGGUGAACGGUAAAAGGGUCAGAGGGAGACAGUACCCCUGGGGGGUUGCAGAAGUUGAAAACAGUGACCACUGCGACUUCACCAUCCUCAGGGAUAUGCUCAUCAGAACUCACAUGCAGGACCUGAAGGACGUGACAAACAACGUCCAUUAUGAAAACUACCGCAGCAGGAAGCUGGCCGCUGUCACCUACAAUGGAGUGGACAACAACAAGACUAAAGGACAACUGUCCACCAAAAUUGACACAGUUGAAGGAAUGAGUCCUCUGGCCCAGAUGGAGGAGGAGAGGCGAGAGCAUGUGGCUAAGAUGAAGAAGAUGGAGAUGGAGAUGGAGCAGGUGUUCGAGAUGAAAGUCAAGGAAAAAGUGCAGAAGCUCAAAGACUCUGAAGCAGAGCUUCAGCGGCGUCAUGAGCAGAUGAAGAAGAACCUGGAGGCUCAGCACAAAGAGUUAGAAGAGAAGAGACGCGUGUUCGAGGAGGAGAGGGCAAACUGGGAGGCCCAGCAGCGCCUGCAGCAGCAGCAGAUGGAGGCCACAAGGACCCUGGAGAAAAACAAAAAGAAAGGAAAGAUCUUUUAAGGACAGUCGGCAGGAUUACCCCAACUCGAAUAAUUUCUGUUUGCCAACGUUGCCGGUCAGGACACCAGUGUGUGGCUCUGACAUUCCCCCACCUCCUCAUCUUCCUCUCUCCUUCUCCCCGGUUCUCCCCACUCUCCUCCCCCCUCUUCAGCUGUCCCCGCUCUGUCCGCCAGCACAGCCGUGCUCCUUCUCCCAGCCGCUAGAGGGCGCACUGGGGGCAUUUGUGGGUGUGUGAAGGGGCGCGGGGGGUCUGCAUGUAAGGCCAGAACUGCCACCGCAGAGCCCCCCCGCUGCCUCAGGACUCAUCAUCAUCAUCCUCCUCCUCCUCAAGGAAUGUGUUUACCUUAACAGCAGAAACAAAUAACCCCGUUUUAGUAAGGCCAAACCCAUAUUAUUAUUUUAAUUAUUAUUAUUGAUGUUGUUAUUAUUAUUAUUAUUAUUAUUAUUAUUGUUGUUGUUGUUACAACUGAAUACUGUCCCCACCCCCACAUCUGCUGCUCUUUUUUUCUUCCCAAGGUUGCUUUUAAAUGACUGAUGUGUCGAUUUGCAGAGAGCAAAGAAAAAUAUGAGGGACGCACCGAUAUCACAUGUCAUUCACCGCGGCCGAUGUUUAUCUGUUGUCGCUUAAAUUUCAUGCUGGAUAAAUUUUCUAAGAAUGAUAUGAAGUGCUUUCUGCACAAAGUGGGGAAAAUGUAACAAUAAAUGUUUUAAAAAGGCAGACAGUUUUUUCUUUUAAACAUCGGCAUCGGCGCGUCCCUAAAAACACCCACAGGUCAUGUCUGUACAAUCAGUUUUUGUUGAAUUGUAUUUGUUUACAGGAGAAAUUAAAGUAUAUGAACAUUUAACCUGACCUUCAAAUGUGUGUCAAAGUGAGAAGAGGAUGAGGCAUUAACUAAUCCUUUCUGUUUUGGUUUUGAGUGUACCUGUUAAACCUGUAACCCUCGUCCCAUCAGUGCAGCAGGCUGAAACAAAAACAGUGUCGGCAGAAAAAAUUGACAAAAUGCACCUUUGGCCUUUUUAUAGAUUAAAAAAACCAACAUGGCUAAAGCUUCUUCUUCUUUUUCUUUUUUUUUUUCCUGAAAUGUAACGCUUUCUUUUUCCUGUGUGUUUAGCUAUUUCCACUAGCCUUGGACCACCAUUUAUAUUGUUAUAUUUCACUUUAGUUUAUUUUUAUAUAUACCGAGCCAGCUGAAGUAAUAACUUCUUUUGUAUGUUUAGAAAAUCCUCAGAGACUUGACAGCAGCGUGUCCACUGUUAAAGAGAAACACUUCCACAUAUAACAGCGAUACGAGACACACUGAAAAAAAACCAACACACACUUUAUUUCAGUUACUCUGCGGAAACGAUCAGUGGGAAAUGAAGAGUCAACACCACAUUUUGCUUUGGCUAUGUACUCCCAUCUCUGUAUUUUUAAUUUUAUUUUUCAUUUGUAAUGUACAAAGUCACUUAAUAAACCUGUGAUAUUGAA